AUGACUGAAACUUUACCCUACGUCGAACAGUACGGUCUUCAAUCUGAAGAAACUUACCCUUAUACGUGGCUCAAGACACUGCCUGUAGUUAUAACUCCUCCAAAGUCGUUACCAGAAUUAACAACUACUUUCCGCUUCCAGCAGAAGAUUGAAAGUGCUCUUUUAGAAGCUGUAGCUGAAGUCGGUCCAGUGUCCGUUGCUAUAAAUGCUGCUUACAUAAGUUCCUACGCCUCUGGCGUCUUCGAAGAGGCUGAGUACUCACCCGAAGACCUCGACCACGGUGUGCUCGUUAUAGGAUAUGGAACAUAA